AUGACUCCUGAUGCCACUCAUCUUCAUCAUUCUCGUCCACCCUUACAUAUCACACGUGUUCAUACUGCUGAUGGCACCCUUCUUCCUAUUUCAUCAACUGGCCACUUUUCUUCUACAUUCUUCUCUGUUCCCUCAAUAUCUCAUGUUCCUCAUUUAUCCAUGAACCUCAUGUCUGUUAGUCAACUUACUGAUUAUGACUGUCAGGUUAUUUUUGAUCGUACCUCAUGUUGUGUGCAGGAUCACAGUGGGACGGUGAUUGGAGCUGGCCGUCACCAUAAUGGAGUCUAUGUGCUGGAUACCCUUCACCUGUCAUCUUCAGCUAGGCAUGUUCAUCAAUGUCAUGCUACUAUUUUAUCUCAUCAUAUGUGGCAUCACCUUCUUGGUCAUUUGUGUCACUCUCAUUUUUCAUCUCUUGUUCGUCUUGGAGUCUUAGAAGUUGACUCUCUUUCCUCUGAUGUUGACUGUAUUGGUUGUAAGCUUGCCAUGGUGCAUACCCAAUUUGCUGCCUUAGUCAAGAUUUUUAGAUCUGACUCGUGUGGUGAAUACAUUUCUCAGGCCUUUCGUGCUUUGUUGUCUUCUGAGGGCACCUUGACUCAGUUAUCUUGUCCUAGGGCUCAUCCUCAAAAUGGGGUAGCUGAACGCAACCUUGAGCAUAAAGGUUAUCGUUGCUAUGAUCCUGUUACCCGUCGUAUUCAUAUCUCUCAUGAUGUCACAUUUGAUGAGGCUACCCCCUUUUAUGGCUCUCCUUCUUGUACAGAGUCUCCCUCUCCUUCGGUUCCUCUAUUUUUCCUUUUCCCUACCAUUUCUCCUGCGGAUACUUCCCCUGUGGCUUCCUCCCCUCCGUUCCUCACAACUCCAGAGCUUCUUAAUCACUCCUCUCUUGACCCUCCUUCUCUAAUAUCUAUUGAGUCUCCUACCGUGUCUACCCUUCUUCUUCACUCUCUCCUGCUCACCCGCCAAUUCGUUUAUUUUACCAUCGUCGGGAUCCCACAGUGGCACCACCAGGGCAAGUCCUCUCUGACGCCUCUAUUACUAUUGAUCCGGCUCCUGAGGUAUCCUCUCCUCCUUACUCUUUAUGAGAUCACUCCACUUUACAUCCCCCUGCUCAUUAUGCUUCUGCUAGAACUAGUGUCUCAGAUGCUAUUAAGCCAGACCCGUUCUGAUGGAUCUCUCGAGCACUAUAAAUCCCGUCUUGUUGCUCACGGUUUUCAGCAUGAGUAUGGUCGUAACUAUGAUGAGACUUUUGCCCCCGUGACCCACAUGAACACUAUUCGUACAUUAGUUGUUGUUGCAGCUGUUCAUAGAUGGGUUCUUCAUCAGCUUGAUGUGAAAAACGCCUUUCUUCAUGGGGAUCUGAAGGACAAGGUUUACAUGACUCCUCCUCCUAGACUUCAGGCUCCUCGUGCCUGGUUUGAGAGGUUCAGCACAGUUGUUGAGGCUGCUAGAUUUACUCCGAGCAUACAUGAUCCGGUAAUCUUCAUUCAUUCUUCACUCCGUGGCCGGACCAUUCUCCUUCUGUAUGUGGAUGAUAUGAUUCUUACCGGUGAUGAUUCUACUCAUAUUACUUUUGUGAAGCAUAAACUGUAUAAGACCUUCUUGAUGACUGAUCUCGGUCCGUUUUGUUAUUUUCUGGGUAUUGAGAUCAAAUCUCAUCUUGAUGGUUAUCGACUAUCUCAGCAGCUUUAUACUCUCGAUCUCCUUGAUCGCUCUAGCUUGACUGAUACUCGUAUCGCCGCCACACCGAUGGAGUUGCAUUUGCAGCUUCGUGCUUCCGAUGGGGUCCCCUUACCAGAUCCUUCUCGCUAUCGACAUCUUGUUGGUAGCUUGGUAUAUCUUGCUGAUACACAUCCUGACAUUUCUAACGUUGUACACAUCCUCGGUCGAUUCGUUCGUCGCCCCCUACUCUCAUUCAUUAUGGGUACCUUCUCCAGAAAUCUUGUGAUAUCUUCGUGGCACUACCUCGCAUGUAUAGGAGCCCUUCAGAUUGCUGCCAAUCUGGUCAAGCAUGAGCUAACCAAACACAUUGGUGUGGAUGCACACUUCACCCGUUGUCAUGUUCGUGCCCAUAUUGUGUCGCUCCAUUAUCUUCCUAUAGAGGUCAAGGUGGCUGAUUUUUUCACUAAAGCACAGACAGGUGAUCAGCAUCUAUUUAUGUUAUCCAAACUCAAGACACAUGAUCCACCUUGA